AUUGACAUUGACAGUCCCGCAUUUCACUCGCUCCCAAACAGUCGGCCAGUGCGGAAAGUUGGCCAAAGAUAAAUUAUUUAGUGAGAUACUUUGUCGAGAUCUGAGACAAAAAAGUGACCAGUGUCAAGAUGAGCCGCGAGAUUCGUUGCUGCAAGGUAUUCAAAAUGAAGGGAUCGACGCUGGACAAAAUCUCCGCCUUCCUGGGCGAGCUCAUCGGCACCGGCAUCCUGGUCUUCCUGGGCUGCAUGGGCUGCGUGAAGACGGACAUUUUCCCCAACAACCAUCUGCAGAUUGUCCUCAACUUUGGCUUCGCCGUCCUCGUCGCCAUUCAGUGCUUCGGCUGUGUGUCCGGAGCUCAUUUGAAUCCCGCCGUGACGGUGGCCGCCUACAUCUACGACAUGAUCUCCCUAUCCAUGGCCUUGGCCUAUUUUGUCGCCCAGAUGCUGGGCGCCUUCAUAGGGUACGGCCUGCUGAUGGUCCUACUCCCCGAAGAUACCCUCAAAGCGGGAGCCGGCCUCUGCGUGACCCUGCCCCACACUUCCGUGACCUCUGUUCAGGCCUUUGGCAUUGAGUUCGUCAUCACCUCCAUCCUGAUCAUCGUCUGUUGCGGCGUCUGGGAUCCGCGCAACUCCAAGUUCCACGACUCGGUGGGCAUCCGCUUCGGUCUGGCCAUCGCCUGUCUUGCCUGUGCUGCUGGUCCCUUCACCGGUGCCAGCAUGAACCCUGCCAGGUCCUUCGCCCCCGCCCUGUGGCAGAUCAACUUCUCAAAGAACUGGAUCUACUGGCUGGCUCCAUUAAGCGCCUCCGCCGUCACCGCCUGGGCCUACAAGGUCGUCUUCCGCCGGGAGGUGGUGGAGGCGGAGAUCACCUCCAACGAGAAGCUGCGCCAGCUGGAGGAGGUCAACCUAUCGUAGGAGCCGAAGUGCCAAAGACACUGCUGUAGGAAAAGCCUUAACUAAUUUACUUGUAAUCUAAGACGCCGAAUUUUAUAAUAACGCAUUCAUUGUACGCUAAUUUAAAUGGUGUUCUCACAAAGUGCUCGAACGUUUCGAAAGCUAUCAAAUGUACAUUCACACUCUUCGAAACAAGCACUCACUUGGUGUACACACCAGUUGCCUUCAGUAAUAAAGGACAUCGAGAUUUGUAAUCUAUUCUAAACCAA